AUGGCGCGCCGCUUCUGUCCCGUCGACAACGAGCAUGUCUCUGAACCGUCACCAUACUUUAUGGCUGGUAUCAUCAAGCUCCAGCCCCACAGGAAGAUUGGACAAGACCCAUGGAAGCCAGCGCAGACCAGUGAGCUCAGCGUGGCUUGCGAGAAUGCUUCCUCGACAGCUGAGAACUUGGAACGUCUGCUACACGUCAACAACUCGCCGCCAUCAACUUUCAUGACAAGUUCCCCAGAGCUGUUGCGCUACAAUCGCUCGACACCAAACUUUCAAGCCUCCCAAGGUCGUGCGCAGCACCGCCUCAUCACCGAGGGUGCGAAUCACUUCCCGCAGUUCCUUGCUGCAAAGGGCAGAGGCCAGGCAAGCUCAUGGACGGAAGCCCACACCAGUGGCAGAGACCGAUAUACAGAGCUGUUCGGCAAGUUGCCUGAUCAGAUUCGCCUGCACGAAGAACUGGGCGAGUUCGAUGGCCAAGUAGUCUUCAUCGGUCAUCCGAAUCGCGACGUUUCCGCACACCAAUGGUCAUCUGCCUCGUUCCAGUGGGAGAGUAUUGGCAGAUAUUGUUACUCUCGUGACAAAGUCGAGGGUUCGUUGGCAUCUGAGCGGCUGAAAGGCAUCGACCCGUCUCGUGACGCUCUAUUGCACUUCAAGAUGGCCGCCGAGGACAGAGAGAAGGAUGUUGUCCAGAUCACCUUCCCCCAAGAAGAACUCGGUAUGGUUCCGAGCAUGUUCCCAAACGUCGUUCACGCGAAAGGAACAUCUCUUUCCUCAGCAGAAGCCACUCAGGAAGUGAUUCAGGACAGUGUGUCCCACGUAAGCCUGGGUCAUUCUUCCGGACAAACCAUCAAGACAACUUCUGAUCCCUCACACAAUCUCGUCACAAAGGAACAACUCGACGACCCUUUCGUUUCGAAAACGAACUCCGUGCAACGUAAACAUCCCAGCAGCACCUUUCCUAGGUUUGAUUACGGAGAGGUGAAGGGCUCUCUUGAUCUCAGAUAUGAGUUUCCUGCUCUAGCACACGCGCUGAACCAAAACAUCGCCGUGACUACCCCACAGCGACAGGGCGACUCAAACACUACUCGCGAUGGAUCACGACUGACGCAGCCAAGUCUUCGCGAUAUUGGGUUCGGUGAGGAAGCAUCCAGCGGAGCCACCUUCUCCGAUGGACAGAGCAAUUCAUCUGACAAGCCGCCAGCGCACUCGUCCCCAGAGAUCGUGGGUGUGGAUCAAAAGCCUGGAAGUCGCAUGUCCACAAACGCCGAGUAUACAGAGCUCUUAGAUGCUCCAGUCCAGGGACCUAAUGACCCCACGGCAUCACUUUUCACCCAUGUGAGCGAGGAAGAGAAGCUCCAAGACUGGUAUCGUGAUGGCCAUCGCCCAGCACGACAGAGAGAGUACGCCACGUCUCUCAUGUCUGCUGCUGCAGCUGGCAGCAGGAGUCGCCGUCCUGGUGCCAUUGGCGACGCUGCAGGUAUUGUUGACAGCAAUGAGAUUAAGAACACUGUUCCUUUCGUACGCCUCUAUGAAGGCUUCUCUGAGUACAUCGAGGAGUAUCGCAACGGGAGUGGUGGUUCCUACUUCACACGAGCCUGGAAGGUGCCCCCUGCAGAUGUGCGAGAUCUUGGUCCAGAUGGAAACAACAGCUUCUUCGCUGGUGCUGGGAAGCUCUCAGAUACCGAGCACCUGCAAGUAGCCAGUCAACAUCAUGAGGUACAAGUUAAGGAUUUCGCACGAAUGGUGCCCCCAAGCGAUAAGACAAGAUCUCUUCCUUUCGGAUCCAUUGGAGAUCCUAGGAGGGUGGGCCUGGUCAAGAUGGCAACGCGUGCUAGUCAGUGGUGA